AUGGUUUUCGAAUGGCAGGAUGAGGGGAGGUUCCACCAUGUGCCUAAGCUCACACCUGGACCUCCUAAUGUUUACUUUGGCGAUAUUUUCUCGACUGCCUCGAGUGAUGCGCCGAAUCCGCUGACCGGUUCGUUGUUUCUGCUCGAGAAGCUGGAAAACCCAGAGCCGGCUCCGACGUACACCUAUGAUGAGAGCGGUAUUGUGGUCAAGGGCGAGUUACACGUUGUGGAUGAGAAGGGAAACACUGCGAAGCUGUUGCCCGGCGAUACCUUCUUUAUCCACCGUGGGAGUACCAUUACUUUCUCGACCCCUCGGUAUGCCGUCGCUUAUAAGGUAGCAGCUCGUCGUCAGGCUCAUUAA